CAAAAAAAAAAAAAAAAAAAAAAAAAAAAAAAAAAAAUCUAUCGAAUUUGCAAAUUUUAUCUUAGCUUCCCGACACUAAAUUUUGGUUCAAUCUGCAACAAAUAUUUAGUAUUCAAUUAGAACAACAACAAAGAAAAACCUACCAAAUCGAUGCACGCCACGUGCAACGGCGUUGUUAAUAAGAUGAGUCCAUAAUGCCACUACUUUGUGCUUCAUUCUUCGCCUUUUACUCCAAUUUCAUGCUUACUUAGUAACUUCACUAAUAUCUCUGUCACAAAAACUUUGUUCACAUUGUUAAGUCUUGUAACACAUGAAUACUCACAGUUCUGAACAACCACACCAUCAAGAUGAACUUCCUGAGAAGAAAUUAUCAGUUAUGAAGAGAGUAAAAGCUAAAGUUAAAAAGAUCAAAGAUAGUAUUGGUUCUAAGAUACAUGGUCACGACCACGAACAUGAUCCUGAACUUGAUCUCAAUGAUGAUGAUGAUGAAGACGAAGAAGAAGAAUUUCUUGAAGCACUUGAACAAGAUGCACAAGUUCAUGCAGAACCUAUGCACCAAUCAUAUCAAGUUAAGACUGGAAGCAAACAUCUUAAUGUAGGAACAACAGCGUCAAAAGUAGAAAAUGGAGGUUUAAUAGGUGCUAAGGAAGCAAGUGUAGAACGCAUAGUACAAUCAUUUGAGAAAAUGGAUUUCUUCAAAGAACCUGUACAAAAAGCUACAUUCACUGGAACAGAUUGUUCCAAGCAAUUUUCUCCAGAUGCAACAACCGAACCAACUGCUAGUUAUAAAGCAACGACUCCAGAUAAUGCAGAAUUAUUCCAUGAUCGAGGCUUCAAGGAGACUGAACCUGAUAACGUGAAUGUAGAUGAAGAAACCAGCAAAAACCCUGAGAAAAUCACUUCAGCAACGGGAGACUGUGCUGGCUCUGCAUCCUCGACUAUUCCUGGUACAGAAAUUUCCGCAAAAAAAAAAUGUCGCUUCAGAACUCAGGUAUAGCGGAGAUGAUACAAGUAAUGCUCUCGUACAUGAUACUAAGCUCAUGGAAAAUGAAUGCACAAGCAUUGGUGGUCAUACCAAGUCGUCCACUACAGCAGCGGGUGAUUACGGACGAAAAAUUGCUAAAACAGAUGAAAUGAAUGUGGAUGAAGAACUUAAUGGAAACGCUAGUUACACUGAGAAGAUUCCUCUUGGAAUGUCUCAUAUUGCUGUUUCUGAAGCAACAACUAAGAUGGGCACGGCGGAUUUUGCAGAUGAUGUUGUCUCCUCAAAGCUUGGGUACAGUGGAAAUGACGAUAGCAAUGUUGCCACAAAUGAUAUACCGUUGGUGGACAGUGAAGGUAUGAGCAUCGGUGAACAAAGCGAGCCAGCGACUGUAACAUCCGGUGACUAUGGACAAGAAGUUGCCCAGCCAGAUGACAUCAAUGUUGAUGAUGAACCAAAUAGAAACCCUACUUACACCGAGAAGAUCAAAGCUGCUACGUCUGCUAUUGCCGGUUCUGCAGCAUCAACUAUUACCAAUACCGCAAUUUCUGCAAAAAAUGUUGUCGCCUCAAAACUUGGGUAUAGCGGAAACACUAGUAACAUUGACACACAGGAUACCAAGUUAAUCGACAAAGAAGGUACAAGUAUCCGUGAGCAGAACAACUCAUCGACUGCAACAAUGGAAAAAGAAGGGACAAGCACUGGUGAGCACACCAACUCAUCGACUGCGGCAGUUGGUGACUAUGGACAACCAAUUGCUAAACUAGAUGACAAUCCUGAUAGAAUCUCUAGUUUCACCGAGCAGAUGCCUUCUGCGAAGUCCGCUAUUGUCAUUUCUGAAGCAUCAACUAUUACUGAUUGUGAAGUCUCAGCAAACGCUGGUGGCACCUCAAAACUUGGAUAUAGCGGAAAUGACAACAGUGAGAUUGCUGCAAGUAAUGCCGAGCGGACGGACAAAGGAGCCACAAGCAUUGGUGAGCAGAACGAGUCGUGGAGCGAAACAGUUGGCGAUUAUGCAAACCAAGGCGCCAAGCCAGAUGACAUGAAUGUGGUUGAAGAGCCAAUUAGAAACCCUAGUUACACUGAGAAGCUGAAGUCUGCCACCUCUGCUAUUGCUGGUUCAGCAGCAUCAACUAUUACUAUUACAGCAAUUUCCGCAAAAAAUAUUGUCGCUUCAAAACUUGGGUAUAGUGGAAAUGAUAAUGGUACAGUUGUCACGGAGGAUACAAAUUCGAUUGGAAAGGAAGGUACAAAUAUAGCUGAGCAGACCAAGUUGUCAAAUGCAAGAGAGGGUGAUUAUGGACAACAAAUUGCUGCGACUGAAAAAGUUGCCCCGAUUUCUGAGAAAGAUGCAGAAGGUGGAAUUAUUGCUGUUUCAAAUAAAACUGGCACUGACACAGAUACUGGAAUAAUCACAAAUUCUACGACGGAUCCGGGUACUGAAACUGGUAUUGGUGGAGUAGGUUUUGCAACUGAGCAAGAUAAAGGUACAUCAGUGAAGGACUAUUUAGUGGAAAUUUUAAGUCCCGAGGAUGAAGGUAAACCAUUAUGUGAAGUGCUAGCAGGUAUUAUGCAUAAAACAAAAGAGGAAUUUCCAGAGAAAGUCGCCGAGAAUAUGGAUAAAGUAACAGAAUCACCAGAAGUAGCUAAGAGAUUAGGAACUGAUGAUUAUCAAUGGGAUGAAGAUGAGGGUUAUGGAAAUAAUGGAAGUAGUUUUGGUGCAGGAACUGAGAGCCCACCUGCAAGCAAGAAUAUGGGUGAUGAAGGUUAUGGGAAUUAUGGAAGUAUUACUGGUGUAGGAACUGAGAGCCCAACUGUGAGCAAAGGAAUGGUUGACAGGGUAAAAGGAGCAGUUAGUUACUUCUGGCAGAAAAAGGAUGCUGGUGAUCAAAUUAACGCUGAUAAACAGAAAGUUUCCGAGGGAACCACCACUGAUGAAAUGAUAGUUUCAGAGGGUGGUACCGAAGAAAAGAAGGGUGAAAACCAUAAUUCUACUACUGUAACAGUUGCACAUUAAGGGGAAAUUCACCAAUAUGGUGUCUGAUGAGUCAAAAAGUGACAGCCCUUGUUUUUUUUACUGGUGAACAUUAAAGGAUCGCUAAGAACCCUUUGUUUUGAAAAAUUUUGUUUGUUUUGAAACCUACUCAGUGUCAGUGAUCAUAUUAGUACAAGGUAAGGAAAUGUAAGAAUAGGGAUACUGACAUAAUGUUUAUGUAGUUUGCAUACUUCUGUAUGCUAGUAGA